UUCCUUUUGUAAUAGUUAGCGAGAGAGAAGUUUCCAGAUGCCCAAGUCUUCCUGUGCUCCUCUUCAUGUAGCCGGCAACCUCUCCCUAUAAUUUUGUGUUUCUCCUGCGGUUGACUCUAGAGAGAGAAAGAGAGACUUUUAGAGAGAGAGAGAGGGUGUUUUCCAGCUGGUCAUGGCAGACGAUGUGGUGAGAAAAGCUGCGGAUGCCUUUAUCGAUGAAGAGUUCGGACUUGCAGUGGAUCUUUACACCAAGGCUCUGGCCAUGGAGCCCAAGAAUGCAGACCUCUUUGUCAAGCGAGCAAAAGCCAAUAUCAAACUCAAUAAUUUCACAGAUGCCAUUGAUGAUGCCAAUAAGGCUAUCCAGUUGGAUUCUUCAUUGUCAAAAGCAUACUUGCAGAAGGGCAUUGCAUGCAUGGCACUUGAAGAAUAUGAGACUGCAAAGGCAUCUUUAACAACUGGGUUUUCCUUGGAUUCGGACAAUUUAAGAUUCAAGGAGAUGAUUAAGGAAUGUAACAAGCAGAUUACAGUGGAAUUGAAUGGUCUUGGACAAAAAUCUGUGCCUAAUGGUACAUCGGGCAGCUUGUCUUCAUCAACUGGAUCUGCUACAAUCGUUUCUGAUGCUGGAAUUGUCCAAACCCGUGACCAACAACCUACACCUGUGGUGGCUGCAAAACCCAAGUACAGAUGUGAUUAUUACCAGAAUGCCAAUGAAGUAGUUGUGUCAAUAUAUGCAAAGGGCAUACCAUCUAAUUGUGUGAUUGUUGAUUUUGGAGAACAAAUACUCAGUGUUUCCAUUGAGCUUCCUGGACAAGAGCCAUAUCAUUUCCAACAUCGUUUAUUUGCAAAGAUUGAUCGUACAAAAUGCAGAUAUGAAGUAUUGUUGACUAAAAUUGAAAUCCGCCUCUCAAAGGUUGAACGUGUCAAUUGGAGUUCAUUAGAAUACAAGAAAGACACUAGCACUCCGUACAAGCUCAAUACAACAUCAGAAAUAAAAUCUGUGAGACCUGCGUACCCCUCGUCAAGACGGAGCACUGAUUGGGAUAAGGUGGAAGCUGAAGUCAAAAGGGAGGAGAAAGAAGAGAAGUUGGACGGGGAUGCAGCUGUCAACAAAUUGUUCCGUGAAAUCUAUAGAGAUGCUGAUGACGAUGCUAAACGUGCAAUGCAAAAAUCAUUUUUGGAAUCAAAUGGCACCGUGUUGUCAACAAAUUGGAAGGAGGUUGGUACGAAGAAGGUUGAGGGCAGUCCUCCGGAUGGUAUGGAGCUAAAAAAGUGGGAAUACUGAAUUCAACUUACAAUUUUUAUCCCAACUGUGAUUGCUGCUUUGAGACCCCAUGAGUGCAUGUCAAUUGUUUUGGUGGGAAAUAGUCUUAGUUUUGCGUGUUGAUAGCCCAAUCUUGGUUACUGCCAGAACAGAACUUGUAUUAUAUCUCUCAUGUACUUUUGCUUUUCUGUUUUCCUUUUGUUUUGGAUAUUCUUGGGUGUCCUCCUGGGUGUUGACGCACAUUAUUUUAUUAGUUCCUCUUUUCUUUAAUGGCUUUAUGUUAACGGUUCAGUUUGGGUUUUAUUUGCACACUAGGUCUGUGUUUGAUUGUUUGUGGAUAGAGCUGAUCCUAGAAACCAACUUUCCAAUCAACCUCGUGCUUGAUUCCAAAUUUCCAGAUUUGAUCUUGUAUUGGAUUAGUAUUAUAAUGUUCAUAUGCACACGCAAACAGCCAACUGGACAUCUAAA